GAAGCAUUAAAAGUAAUGCUCUGUGCAGUUGUGGUUCAGUUUAACUAGACACUUGACAGAAGAAGUAAUUUAUCCAUUCAACAUUAUUUCAUCUUCAUAUUUAUUUAACAUAUUUAUACUCAAGGAGUAAUAUGCUAGGCAUGACUACAGAUUGUGUCACAAGCCAUUUUAUGGGAAGUUAUCCACAGACAGAGGAACCACUGAAGUGGAUUUUGACAAAUAAUUAUUCCAAUUCUCACAACCACAGUGACGUCUCAUCAGCCCUUGGGUUGCUGUUAGAUCGCAAGGAUCCAAUCAAGAACAUGUCAACCCCUAUAACACGGACAAAUUUUAAACAACAGCUGCAGCGUCAGCAGCUGGAGCAACAAGAUCAGCUGUUUCAGAAGCAGGGGCCUCCUGAUUUGAAAGUACACUCACAAAGCAUAGCAGUUCCCAGGACAGCAUCUCCAACAACAUUGCCGCCAGAUGUUCCAAAUAGUGUGCUACAGGUAGGAAGCAAACUUCAAUUUUUUGGGCCUCCUAUCAGAAAACAAAGACAACAUGCAGUGCCUUGGGAAAAAUAAAAGUAACUUGAACUUAUAUUCAGUUGCAUCAACAUAAAACAAAACUCUUUGAUAGAAAUGAAGAGAACUUAUUUGAUUAAUGCAUGUGUUUAAUUCUUGUUUGCAAUGAGCUCAGUUUUAUGCAACUGGAUUAAGUUUCCCUUACCGAAAUAAACAGGAAAAUAAGUUCCCUAAGUCAUAAUAAUCUUGCAUCAUUAACAUGAACACUUCCUUCUAAUAGUGGACUUUGCACAGUGUUUUUCCUGUUAAAUUGAUUUAAAAUAUGGCUGGUGGUUUAACCCCAAAGGAAGCUAUUUUCAUGGCACAGGAUGUAUUUUUGGAUUGCAUACUGCUUAUACAGGAAGCCUCUUUCCAUUUUCUUGUUAAUUUUUUUAAAACUCUCAUAAUUGUGUAGUCAUGCAAGUACAUAGUUCAUAUUGUUUCAGGUGCCCAAGAUUUUCACAUGCACAAUUGUUAGAGAAGGUUUAUUCUUUGAUCAUUGUGUUGUUGUCUACAGAUAUAUAAAUUCAUUGACCUGUAAAAACACCCCUAAAUUGCAAAGCUUUGUUUGAGAUGUAAACACCUGUACUUGUUUUCCUGAAUUGUUGAGUCCUGUAGAAACAUGAGAGGGUAAUCAAGGUGAAAAACAAAAUAGGAGAAGCUAUGAUUUGCCUGGGCACACAGAGAUAAUUAUUUUAGAGGGAUUAAAGUGUAAAGUCCGUUUUGAAUAUUUAUUUGCGGUCACAUGGGUUUAAAAAUUAGUAUGUGUAGUUUUUAUAUGAAUGUGUAGCCUUGAUUAUAAAUUUAUUCAUUCAAAUACAGUGAAGAGUCCAAAGAUUAGAGCUGGAUUUACACGUGUAUCUUAUAAACCUGAUAUUUACUGAAGCUUGACCUUUUGUGACCCUUUGUGUCUGCACUUUUCCUUUUAGGGAGGUGGAUUUCGUAGGGACAAUUCAAACAGCCUUUUUUUUAGAAUAGGUUGUUAAGAACUGUUGUGUUCAUGAAAUUCUUGUUCAAUUGAUUUAAAGGGAGGGAGGUAACAAGUAACUAUUUUCAAAGAGCUCUAGGUUGUUUCAAGAAUACCUUUGCAUGGUAAUGCUAAUUUUUGGUAUUCUGUUACAAUUGUGUUGAGAGCAAUGAUAACAUUGAAAAGGUUCUCAGAAAGUAUGAAUGAAACGUGUUCAAUAACCUUGGUGUCUUCAUUGCAGGUCAAAACACAGUUGGAAAAUCCGACUCGCUAUUUCAUUGCACAAAAACAGAAGAGACAAGUGAAAGAAUAUCUUAAGAAUCAGGGAUCACCGUCUUCCGCUGGAGAGUUGGCGAUUGUUAGCAGUGCAAGCCAGCCCACCCUCAAUGCAAUUAAUCAACAAGCUGUGGCUGCCUUAUCUGCAAGUCGACUCAUGGGACAACCAGAGAGUCCAAUGGCUGUUAUGAGUGGGGAUGGAAACCAUCCUAGCGAAGUGAGUGAUUAUAGAGAUAUUUAGAUAAGUUUUUGAUAAAGACAAUCUGGUUUUUGUUUUAUUUUUUUUUUCUCUCCCUGUAAGAAAAGGAUUGCAUAACUGAAAAUUGACCCAUCACUCGGAGGUCCUCUUGUUUUCAAAGUUAAAUAAAGGGUUUUUAAAUACCCUUACAGAUGAUAUAAUAAUUUUAAGGUUUGCAGUAAUGUCUAGUUUUUGCCAUGCUAAUUAUGUUUUUACCUUUUUCCCCCUAAAGGUUGAUAAUUUGCUGGAAGACAUUAUAAGGUGUGUACGAUUGCUGUUUUUAGUCUUAUUACCAGAGAAAACAUUGACUUAACCUGCAUUAAAUCUAUUAAUUCUAUAGGAAAUAUGUGUAUCUUAAAAUUUUCAUGAUCAUUAUUGAGUAAGUUUUAAACAAGGAAUUGAAGAAAUUAAUAUUUUGACCUUUUUAUUGCAGUCUGGAAUCAAAUCCUGUUGAAGAUGGUCUGCCAUGGGACCCAAGUCUCCAGUUAGGCUCAGUAAGUAACAAAUAACUUCUUGAACUCAUAGUACAUUUGUCUAUGUAAAGUUAGAUUUUGCUGUCAAUUUUUUCCACCCAGAUGAAAUUUUGAUAUCUAAUGUUUGCCUCUCUGUUCUCCUCAGGUUCCUCAGGUUGCAACAGGCAAUGUGUUUGAUUUGUACAAUGGUCUGACAAUGAACACCAUGGUAAGAUAUUAUUACUAUGACAAAAAUGAGUUAUUUCAACUAUUUUAGAUUAUUAUUUUGGAAAUUUGGUUGCUCAUACGUAAAACAAAGGGAUUAUAUGAAGGGUUCAGUAAAGUCCGUUUUAUAGUUGUGUGUUCACAUGUAGUUGUGAAUCCAUUUGUAGAAGUAAGCUCAGAAAAUAAAUGUGCUUCUUUCUUUUCUUUGUAGAUCCAGGCCCCUGCUGCAUCAUCUUGCCCUGCAAUGAUAAAGCAAGAGCCACAAGGUGAGAUUUGAAUAGGUGACUAAUGGAAUUAGUUAGGACUUAAGAUCUGGUUUAUGUACAGACAUAGCAACAGAUGUUCAGUUUUCUCAGUGGUAUCUUAGUAUUUUAGCCUUAAACUCCCACGAGUGACCAAGACAGAAUUUAUCCUUACCAUAUCAAUAAAAUAUCAAGGAGACAAGAGUUAAGAAUAAAGGUAAAAUAUUUAAAUUGAAGGACAAAUCUUAAGUUUUAUUUUUGAAAUUUUUUUCUCCAGAUUCAGUUCUUGACCCAAAUUUUGCUAAAGACAGGCAGAAGAAAGACAACCACAAUAUGAGUGAGUAUUUUUUAAAUUUAUUCUGCUAUCUUAACUUUCACUAUGAUGUACUUUCAAUACUUAACAUAUCUUCUUGUUAGUUAUUUACCUUUACAUCACAAGCACUAUUUUUAUUUUGUUGAAAAGUAGGUCCGUGUUAAAUAAUGUUAUCACUUUAUGUGUUUUCUACAGUUGAGAGAAGAAGAAGAUUCAAUAUCAAUGACAGAAUAAAAGAACUGGGAACUCUUCUUCCAAAGCAAGAUUCGUAAGUAGAGUUCAAUCCUUGGAGUCUUUGUGUAGUUAUUGUCGUUCUUUGAGAGCAGUCCAAAAUUGGUUUAGAAGUUGCUCUCACUCUGAUAGAUGGUUUCAAGUUUGCUUUUGUUCAGUUUUUAUCGAUACAUUGGCUGGUUAGAAGAAUAUGUUUCAGUCUCACUUUUGCAACAAAUUCUUAAUAUCUUUCUCAGUGUCUUAAUUCUUCAUUAAAUAUUUUCUUUUUUUUUGCCUCUUUGUUAGUAGUGAUGUGAGGCAAAACAAGGGAACCAUUCUCAAGGCUUCUGUGGAUUAUAUAAGGAAGUUAAAGCGAGAGCAAGAUCGCAUGAGGCUGCUUGAGGAAGAAAAGAAGAACACAGAGGAAAUCAACAGAAGACUUUUGCUCCGAGUUCAGGUAUAGUAAUGCUACAGAUAAAAGUGUUGGUUCAAAUUUUAUACUUGUAGAAGGGGUAGAGAAGAGUGGAAGAAGCCAACAUCAACAUUGUUGUGGUCAGGUAUCCCCAAAUUAAGUUUCUCCUUGAAGGGGCUUGUAAUGUCAAGCAUCCGACAAGAAACUCAGAUUUUAACUUUGUUACAUGCUCGUCUUUGACAAUGUUUCCUUAGCUGUAUAAAGUGUUGGAGAAUGUGAUCGCUAUGGACUCGAAACUGAUUCAGUUCAGGCUGGGGUAUUUACAAGUUCUGUUUUGUGAAUUUUCAGGAGUUAGAGAUGCAUGCUCGGGCACAUGGCAUUCCCACCACCCCUCUUACUUCUGACACAACCACAGCACUGUUAUCCUCCAUUUUAACAGUAAAACCUUCAGGCGAGGGAGUGAAAAUUAAGCAAGAACCCGUGGACAGUGGUUGUUUAUCCAAUUCAUGCGGCCAUGAAAACCAAGAAGCAAUGGAAGACUACUCAUUGCCCUCUUCAUGUAACCCAAGCCCUCGCUCAAACAGUAUGGAUGAUGAUAUGACUGAUUGAGCUGGCAAAUAUUCUCUCUGCAAUAAAUGGACAUGCUUAUCUGAAAUGCAAAGGGCAGAAGGUCAGCACGCCUGUGUUUUAUUAUAUGACCUCUUUCUUAAGGCCUUGAGGAGUUCAGAAAGUUGUCGAGACGGUUCUUUACCAAGAAAAUAUAACAUCGUGCAGCCCUGCAGAUGUCCGAGAUAAAGAUAUGCAAGUGUGAUCCAAUUGAACAUCAUCCCAGUAGCUAUGGUAUCAGUUAGCAACAAAUUAGUCCAAGAUGUUGACAAGUAACCACAAGAUGUCGCUGAGAAGGGAACUUAAGUAUUCUUAAGGACAUCUCUAUCUUUACAGCCACUUGAUAGUCUUGGUGUCUAUACUAAAGCUUCAGCAGCAGAUUAGUCCAAGAUGUUGACAAGUAUCCACAAGAUGUCACUGAGAAGAGAACUUAGUAUUCUUAAGGACAUCUCUAUCUUU